AGAAGCGGCGGUCCGACGGGCGCGGCCCUCAAGGGGCGGCCUCUCAAGGGCUGGUGAAGACCUCCUCGCCCCUCGCCCUCACCGCGGCUGCUCCCACCUGCCCGUCCCUUCGUGAUCCGGUCGCUGCCCUCCACGCCUCCUCUCCCCCACUUCCACCCCCUCUCCUUUCUCUCUUCUCUUCCUCCACCUCCUCCUCCUCCCCUCCAGCCGCCGGGAGCCGCGGGUCGGACGAGCCGCCGCCUCCUUCUCUGCGUCCAUGUAUGAGGGGAAGAAGACGAAGAACAUGUUCCUGACCCGGGCCCUGGAGAAGAUUUUGGCCGACAAGGAAGUGAAGAAGGCGCAUCACUCCCAGCUGCGCAAAGCGUGCGAGGUGGCGUUAGAGGAAAUAAAAGCGGAAACUGAAAAACAGAGUCCUCCUCAUGGAGAAGCGAAAGGUGGAUCAAGCACCCUUCCACCAGUUAAAUCAAAGACAAAUUUUAUUGAAGCAGACAAGUAUUUCUUACCCUUUGAAUUGGCAUGCCAGUCCAAAUGUCCCCGUAUAGUUAGUACAUCUCUUGAUUGUUUACAGAAACUUAUUGCUUAUGGGCACUUGACUGGCAAUGCUCCAGAUAGUACAACACCAGGCAAAAAAUUAAUUGAUAGAAUUAUUGAAACAAUUUGUGGCUGCUUCCAAGGUCCUCAAACAGAUGAAGGAGUUCAGUUGCAAAUAAUAAAGGCUUUACUUACUGCAGUAACAUCUCAACACAUAGAAAUUCAUGAAGGAACUGUACUGCAAGCUGUGAGAACAUGUUACAAUAUCUAUCUAGCAAGCAAAAAUCUCAUCAAUCAGACAACAGCCAAAGCUACUCUUACUCAGAUGCUAAAUGUUAUCUUUGCACGCAUGGAAAACCAAGCAUUGCAGGAAGCCAAACAAAUGGAAAAAGAAAGGCAUCGGCAGCAUCAUCAUCUGUUGCAGUCUCCAGUAAGCCAUCAUGAGCCUGAAUCACCUCAACUUAGAUAUUUGCCACCUCAAACUGUUGAUCACAUGUCCCAAGAACAUGAAGGGGACCUUGAUUCCCAUACAAAUGAUGUGGAUAAAAGCCUUCAGGAUGACACAGAACCUGAAAAUGGAUCUGAUAUUUCCAGUGCAGAAAAUGAACAGACUGAAGCUGAUCAGGCAACUGCAGCUGAAACGUUAUCUAAAAAUGACAUAUUAUAUGAUGGAGAAAACCAUGACUGUGAGGAAAAGCCACAAGACAUUGUACAGAGCAUUGUAGAAGAAAUGGUGAACAUCGUUGUUGGAGAUAUGGGAGAAAGGACUACUAUAAAUGCAAGUGCAGAUGGCAACAUUGGAAGUAUAGAGGAUGGUAGCGACAGUGAAAAUAUUCAAGCAAAUGGAAUUCCAGGAACACCAAUUUCUGUUGCAUAUACACCGUCUUUACCUGAUGACAGAUUGUCUGUCUCUUCCAAUGAUACUCAGGAAUCUGGAAAUUCUUCAGGACCUUCACCUGGUGCUAAGUUUUCCCACAUUUUACAAAAGGAUGCCUUUCUAGUAUUCAGGUCAUUGUGUAAACUGUCCAUGAAACCACUGUCAGAUGGACCACCAGAUCCAAAGUCUCAUGAGUUACGAUCCAAGAUUCUUUCAUUGCAGUUACUUCUAUCCAUUCUGCAGAAUGCAGGACCUGUUUUCAGGACAAAUGAGAUGUUUAUUAAUGCUAUUAAGCAGUAUCUCUGUGUUGCACUCUCAAAAAAUGGAGUGUCAUCUGUUCCAGAGGUUUUUGAGCUUUCUCUUUCCAUAUUUCUCACUUUGUUGUCAAACUUCAAGACACAUCUGAAGAUGCAAAUUGAGGUGUUCUUUAAAGAAAUUUUCCUAUACAUUUUGGAAACUUCUACCAGCUCAUUUGACCACAAAUGGAUGGUUAUUCAGACAUUGACAAGGAUCUGUGCAGAUGCUCAGAGUGUAGUGGAUAUUUAUGUAAACUAUGACUGUGAUUUAAAUGCAGCAAAUAUAUUUGAAAGACUAGUAAAUGAUCUAUCAAAAAUUGCUCAAGGACGGGGCAGUCAAGAACUUGGUAUGAGUAAUGUUCAGGAAUUGAGCCUGAGGAAAAAAGGUUUAGAAUGCUUAGUGUCAAUUUUGAAGUGUAUGGUUGAAUGGAGUAAGGAUCAGUAUGUGAAUCCCAACUCUCAGACAACUCUUGGUCAGGAAAAAACCUUAGAGCAAGAGACGAGUGAAAUCAAACACCCUGAGACAAUAAACAGAUAUGGAAGUUUAAAUUCCUUGGAGUCAACAUCAUCAUCAGGAAUAGGCAGCUACAGUACACAGAUGUCUGGUACUGACAAUCCAGAACAAUUUGAAGUCCUAAAGCAACAAAAAGAAAUAAUAGAACAAGGAAUAGAUUUAUUUAAUAAGAAACCAAAGAGAGGAAUACAGUACCUCCAAGAACAAGGGAUGCUUGGCACUACACCUGAAGAUAUUGCCCAAUUCUUACAUCAAGAGGAAAGAUUAGAUUCUACUCAAGUGGGCGAGUUCCUGGGAGAUAAUGAUAAAUUUAACAAAGAAGUCAUGUAUGCAUAUGUGGACCAACAUGACUUUUCAGGAAAGGACUUUGUUUCAGCCCUUCGUAUGUUUCUGGAAGGAUUCCGUCUUCCAGGGGAAGCUCAGAAAAUUGAUCGAUUGAUGGAGAAAUUUGCUGCAAGAUACCUCGAAUGCAACCAAGGGCAAACCCUUUUUGCUAGUGCAGAUACUGCUUAUGUUUUGGCUUAUUCAAUUAUCAUGCUGACCACAGAUCUUCACAGUCCACAGGUUAAAAAUAAAAUGACAAAGGAACAGUACAUUAAGAUGAAUAGAGGUAUCAAUGACAGUAAAGACCUUCCGGAAGAAUAUCUAUCAGCUAUCUAUAAUGAAAUUGCUGGAAAAAAGAUAUCAAUGAAAGAAACAAAAGAACUCACAAUCCCUACAAAAUCAAGUAAGCAGAAUGUAGCCAGUGAAAAACAAAGAAGGCUUCUGUAUAACUUAGAAAUGGAACAGAUGGCCAAGACAGCAAAAGCACUCAUGGAAGCCGUGAGCCAUGUUCAGGCACCUUUUACAAGUGCAACACAUUUGGAGCAUGUGAGACCCAUGUUUAAGUUGGCUUGGACACCUUUCCUGGCUGCGUUUAGUGUGGGUCUGCAAGAUUGUGAUGAUACUGAAGUAGCCUCUCUCUGCCUGGAAGGUAUAAGAUGUGCAAUCAGAAUUGCAUGCAUUUUCAGCAUUCAGCUGGAAAGAGAUGCAUAUGUCCAGGCACUAGCAAGAUUUACCUUACUUACAGUGAGUUCUGGUAUUACUGAAAUGAAACAGAAGAACAUUGAUACAAUAAAAACACUUAUCACAGUGGCCCAUACAGAUGGAAAUUAUUUAGGAAAUUCAUGGCAUGAGAUUCUGAAGUGCAUCAGUCAGUUGGAGCUUGCACAGCUUAUAGGAACUGGAGUGAAACCUCGAUACAUUUCUGGAACAGUACGGGGCAGAGAAGGAUCUCUUACUGGAACAAAAGAUCAGGCUCCUGAUGAAUUUGUGGGUCUGGGGCUAGUUGGAGGAAAUGUGGACUGGAAGCAGAUAGCAAGUAUUCAGGAAUCCAUCGGAGAAACCAGUUCUCAAAGUGUUGUUGUUGCUGUAGAUAGAAUAUUUACAGGGUCUACAAGACUAGAUGGAAAUGCUAUUGUGGAUUUCGUCCGUUGGCUCUGUGCCGUGUCUAUGGAUGAAUUACUUUCCACUACACAUCCAAGAAUGUUUAGUCUACAAAAAAUAGUAGAAAUAUCGUAUUACAACAUGGGAAGAAUAAGAUUGCAGUGGUCUCGAAUUUGGGAAGUUAUUGGCGAUCAUUUUAAUAAGGUUGGCUGUAAUCCUAAUGAAGAUGUAGCUAUUUUUGCAGUAGACUCCUUGAGGCAAUUGUCAAUGAAGUUUUUAGAGAAAGGGGAGCUUGCUAAUUUCAGAUUCCAGAAGGAUUUCUUAAGACCGUUUGAACAUAUAAUGAAACGGAACAGGUCUCCAACAAUUCGAGAUAUGGUUGUACGGUGUAUAGCACAAAUGGUUAAUUCUCAAGCUGCUAACAUUCGGUCUGGAUGGAAGAACAUUUUCUCUGUGUUUCAUCUAGCUGCAUCCGAUCAAGAUGAAAGCAUAGUGGAACUUGCAUUCCAAACAACAGGGCACAUUGUCACUCUUGUGUUUGAAAAACACUUUCCAGCGACCAUUGAUUCUUUCCAGGAUGCAGUGAAGUGUUUGUCUGAAUUUGCGUGCAAUGCAGCUUUCCCAGACACAAGUAUGGAAGCAAUUCGACUUAUUCGCCAUUGUGCAAAAUAUGUGUCUGAUAGACCUCAGGCUUUCAAGGAGUACACAAGUGAUGAUAUGAAUGUGGCGCCUGAAGACAGGGUUUGGGUCAGAGGAUGGUUCCCAAUCCUCUUCGAGCUGUCCUGCAUCAUUAAUAGAUGCAAAUUAGAUGUAAGAACCAGGGGUUUAACAGUAAUGUUCGAAAUAAUGAAAACUUAUGGCCACACUUAUGAAAAACACUGGUGGCAGGAUUUAUUUAGAAUUGUUUUCAGAAUCUUUGACAACAUGAAAUUGCCAGAACAGCAGACAGAGAAAGCUGAAUGGAUGACUACGACUUGUAAUCACGCACUUUAUGCGAUCUGUGAUGUAUUCACCCAGUAUUUAGAAGUACUCAGUGAUGUACUUUUGGAUGAUAUUUUUGCCCAGCUCUACUGGUGUGUGCAGCAAGACAAUGAGCAGUUAGCACGAUCUGGUACAAACUGCUUAGAGAAUGUUGUUAUUCUGAAUGGUGAGAAAUUUACCCUAGAAAUCUGGGAUAAAACUUGUAACUGCACACUGGAUAUCUUCAAAACCACAAUCCCACAUGCGCUCUUAACCUGGCGUCCCUCUUCUGGAGAAACUGUUCCCCCACCUCCAUCUCCUGUGAGUGAAAAACAGCUGGAUACAAUAUCACAGAAAUCUGUAGAUAUUCAUGAUUCUGUUCAGCCAAGAUCUGCAGAUAAUAGACAGCAAGCACAAUUGGCUGCUGUCUCUACUGUGAACGAAGAAGUCAGCAAAAUUAAACAUACAGCAAAAUUUCCAGAACAAAAAUUGUUUGCCGCCCUGUUGAUUAAAUGUGUUGUGCAGCUGGAACUCAUCCAGACUAUCGACAACAUUGUGUUCUUCCCAGCCACAAGCAAGAAGGAAGAUGCCGAAAACCUAGCUGCUGCACAGAGAGAUGCUGUGGACUUUGAUGUUCGAGUUGAUACGCAGGAUCAAGGAAUGUACCGCUUUUUAACAUCACAACAACUUUUUAAGCUACUGGACUGCUUAUUAGAGUCCCAUAGAUUUGCAAAAGCAUUUAAUUCCAACAAUGAACAGAGGACUGCUCUGUGGAAAGCAGGCUUCAAAGGCAAAUCCAAACCUAACCUUCUGAAGCAGGAGACGAGCAGCCUUGCCUGUGGGCUGCGCAUUCUCUUCCGGAUGUACAUGGAUGAGAGCCGCGUUAGUGCCUGGGAGGAGGUCCAGCAGAGGCUUUUAAAUGUCUGCAGCGAAGCCCUAAGUUACUUCCUUACUCUGACGUCAGAGAGUCACCGGGAAGCCUGGACUAAUUUACUGCUUUUGUUUCUAACUAAAGUUCUAAAGAUAAGCGACAGUAGGUUUAAAGCUCAUGCAUCAUUCUACUACCCUCUCUUAUGUGAAAUUAUGCAAUUUGACUUGAUUCCUGAACUUCGUGCCGUUCUUAGAAGAUUUUUUCUGCGAAUUGGAGUAGUUUUUAAGAUAUCACAACCACCUGAACAGGAACUUGGAAUAAACAAGCAAUGAUGGCAACUUGGUAUUGUUCUGUUGGCGUUUACAUCCCUCCGCUCUUUAAAAGGACCUUGGAGCUGAGGUUUCCUACCUGAAAAAUGGUUUCUCUGAAUUGCGGUGUCUGAGGGUUACUGGUAAAGAUGCUUAGAACUGUAACUCAAACUUGCGCAACGCUCCAGUCCCUAUUUAGUAAUCUGGUGGAUUCUGUUUGUCAUGUUGGGCUCAUGUUGAGCAGAAAGCCUGUUUCCACAGUGUCAGCUUGUGUUCAUGUGUCCUUUCCCUGUCCUUGGCAGCAGGGAGAGCCCCACAGUUUUCGGCAGGUGUGGAAGUAAAACUUUACCCAAAGAACUAUAGAUGUAAAGAUUUGAACUUCUGCAAGAAGUACAACUCAGGAGAGCUGUAUUUUGAAGGAUAAAAUGUUUAUAAUUAGGGGGGGUGGGGGGGAGAAGAAGAAAUUAUUGUUCAUGGUAAAAGAUAUUUAGCAACUAUGGUAUUCUUAUUCUGAAGAUUUUUGCACACUCAGGCUAUCUGAGAUACUGGUAAUCAUCCUUCUGUGAAAAAUGUACAGAGAUGCAGGUCUGUAAUAUAAAAAUCUUAAACAUUAUAUAGUUCUUCCUGCACUGUUUUAUUUUAAUUUCUUUAUUUUCUUAUUCAUUUGCUAAAUACCUAUAAUAUUUUGUCAAAUGCACUAAACAUUUGGGUUGAACUUUUUGUCUUUUUUAUUUUGUGGGGGUUUUGGUUUUGCCCUUUUUGGGGGGGGGGGUUUGGUAAUUUUGAGGGUUUAACAUGCCCAGAAAGCUGUUGUGGCUGACGCUUGUCAUGAUCAACAACAAAAAAGGUAGAAAAUACUCCUACUGACCUAACUACCUGUAAUAUACUUCUCUUAGGGCUUCUAAAGAUGAGCCAUUAAAAUAGAGUUGAUCCUACAUGGACCGAAACUUGAAUCACUGCAAAAUGAAUCUAGGUUGCUGUCACUUUCUUUUUCUUUUGGGUGGCGGGGCUUGAUGUAGAUUUUACUCUGUGUACAGAAUUUAAUGUUGAAUAUGUUAAAAUAACAAAUCUGGCAUGGUUGGGGGAGUUAGAUUUACUGGAAAUGUAUUCAUACUGUGAAUUGUGCUCUGAUGGUUAAAAAAAGACAAGAUUGUCAAGCAUUCCGUAUUAACAGUGGAUGUAGAAAAUUUUUUCAGAUGGAUAAAAUGUAUAUGGUACAGAUGUAAAGUUUUCUAUGUAAAAAAUUCUGUACAACUUUCUGUACAAUACUGAUUCUCAUCUGGCAUAUUCUAAUCAGGUUAUAGGUCAAUAAAGUUUUUGGAUUAUUUCAUCAGUGCAAUCAAAACCUGUGUA